CCACCCUCGCCCCCAGGGCUUUGGCUCAGCUUCCCGUACCUGCUCCGCAACAGUUAAAGACCCGCCGAGUGGGGGGCGGGGGGCGGCGGCCGCUUCCAGCCCCGAGGGGUCUCCUCCUCCUCCUCCCCACCCCCCCGCGCCGCCGCCGCCGCCACCACAUGUGAUGCGGGGGGAGAUCCGGCUGCUGCCUCUCUGACGGCAACCCCGUCGAAGGAGAACAAAGGCGCGGCGCAUCAAAGGAUGGCUCCUCCGGCGCCUCUGCUGGCCGCCCUGCUGCUGCCGGCGCUGCUGCCGCUGCAGACCUCGGCCCUCCUGGCCGCCCGGCGUCCCCCCAGGCACCAGGCGCUGGAACCAAUCGAACUGCAAGACACAACUUUCAGGAUAUCAGAAGGGAUUAUAAGGCUCUGGGUAGGAAACUGGAGGAUCCUGAUGCUCAGCUUGUCACUUUGUGACAUUCAGAAGCAGCCACUGGUGUGGAGCUCAUUUAAUACAAAUAAUGAAAAGGGUGGGUCUCUGAAACAGAGUCCCUGGAAGGAACAAGAUGAAAAGGGCUCCUCCAUCAUCACGGCCAUAGAGACUGCUAAAGGCUUAUCAAGAACCCCCAACAACCAGGCAACACAGUGGAAUCCACCCCGCUGCGGCGUUCCAGAUCUACCCACCCCAUCAGGGAGCCGCAGUACUCGGAACCGGCAGAAACGAUUCCUGCUUUCUGGAGGACGCUGGGAGAAGAUGGAAUUCACUUACAAAAUCGUGAGGUUUCCUUGGCAGUUGGUGAAAGCCAAAGUGAGACAAGCCGUUGCCGCAGCCUUGAAAGUCUGGAGUGAUGUAACACCCUUGACCUUCACAGAAGUACACCGGGGACGAGCAGACAUUGUGAUUGAUUUCACACGAUACUGGCACGGGGACAAUCUGCCUUUUGAUGGCCCGGGGGGAAUCCUGGCACAUGCCUUUUUCCCCAAAACCCACCGGGAGGGAGAUGUCCAUUUUGACUAUGAUGAAACAUGGAGCAUUGGGAAUAACUUGGGGACUGACCUCAUGCAGGUGGCUGCUCAUGAAUUUGGCCAUGUUCUGGGGUUGCAGCACACAGCAGUGUCCAAGUCCCUGAUGUCUCCUUUCUAUUUCUUCCGUUACCCAUUGAAGCUGAGUGAGGAUGACAAACAAGGCAUCCAGUAUCUCUAUGGGAAGCCAAAAUCUGAACUGAAUGUUGACCUAGAUCAAGAAGAAGAGCCUUUCCAGCCAGAUAUUGAGACUAAUGAGAUUGUCAAUGUGCAGUCUACACAGCCUGAUGCUUGUGAUACAGAUUUUGAUGCAGUCUCCAUGAUCCGUGGGGAGCUGUUUUUUUUCAAGUCGCACUACGUCUGGAGGCUCCGGAACGGCAAGCUCCAGGCUGGCUAUCCAGCCCUGGCAUCUCGGCACUGGCAGGGAAUCCCCUCUUCUGUAGAUGCAGCCUUUGAAGAUUCGCUCGGCAAUAUCUGGUUCUUCCAAGGUGCUCACUACUGGAUUUAUGAUGGUGAGAGACUCGUUUCUGGCCCUCUGCCUGUCAAAGAACUGGGCCUUUCCUCUUCUCCUGUCCAGGCAGCUUUACUCUGGGGGACAGAAAAGAACAAGAUAUAUUUUUUCAAGGGAGGCAGCUAUUGGCGAUUCAGUCCCAGCACUAAUCAGGUGGACAACGUCUCGCCACGCAGAAUGACUGACUGGCGGGGAGUUCCUCAGGAGAUUGAUGCUGCUUUUCAGGAUGAGUUUGGGUUUGCCUACUUCCUGAAAGGUCGGCAAUACUGGAAAUUUGACCCUGUUCACGUGAAAGUGUUUGAAGGCUACCCACGAAUCAUCAGCCAUGAUUUUUUCAGCUGUGUGUCUUCCCCCAACUCUUUCAGAUAGAUUGACAGAGUGGUUCUGGCCAGCCACCUUCUUCAGCCAAGUUCACCUUUUCUGACUGGAGAGAAGCUGUGUUUUAGGCCAUCACAUUGACACAACCUGGAAUGAUCUCUUGUGGUCCUUUACCUACAUUUGCACCUUGCUGAAUUUGACAAAGUUCCAAGCACAGGGUCCUUUUGUUUUGUUUUUGUACUAUAAUCUAAAAGAUGGCCACAGCCUUGAUGUUUAGUCUCCGAUGCCACUGAAGUCCGCAAAGUAAAAUCAGGUUCUUUCUGUCACUUCUCCACAGUUAUGAACUUUUUCUUUUUUUAGUGUUCCUUCACAAAGAGUUGUGUUUGUGCAAACUAAUUUUACUGACUAGUUUCUCUUUGGCAUCAGUCAAGGAACUAUUGACCGCUUAUUACUGGCUGACAAAUUUGGACUUCCAAAUAGCCUCCAUAAGCAUUAAUGGGGAAAGGGGAGGAAUAAGAUGCGUUUCAGUAUCAUGUUUCAGGUGUACUCUUACUUUUCUCUUUGCAUUGUAUUUUACUAGGAAACAUUACAUUUUUUUAAAAAAAUGUAGCUCUCCAAAA